AUGGACUCAAGACAUUAUUCAUCGUCCACUAAUGUCUUAUGGAGGAAUAUUAAUCUUGAGGAUGAACUUUUCGAUGUAUCUGAAAGUAGUCCCCUGUUAGUUGAAGAUUCUCCACUGAAUGAUGAAGUUGCCACUUCUAAGAAAAAAUCAACACGUGGUAUCAACUUCAGUGCUGAGGAAGACAAGCUACUUGUAGCAGCAUGGCUCAAUACCAGUGUCGAUUCUGUGUAUGGUAAUGAGCAACAUAAAACAACAUUUUAUGGCAAAGUUGCAAAAUACUUCAAGGACCAUAAGACUGAUUCUACAAGUAGUGUUUCAUCCCUAACAAGUCGAUGGGGAACAAUUAAUAGGGAAACAGUUAAAUUUUAUGGGUCCUUAGCUAAAAUUGAAGCAAAGAAUGAAAGUGGAACCACGGCUGAUGACAAAGAUUUUCCAAAGUGGGCAACUACUAUGCCUAGGGAAGAUUCAAGAAAAGAAAUGCCUCAAACUCCAGAUUCAAUAGAUCAAGGAGGGGGGGUUGACGGCACUAUGGUUUUCGAGAGGCCAAUAGAUGGAAAAGCUGAAAAGGCUAAUCGAAAGAGAAAAGAUGAUGGGAAAGAUGUUGCAAUGGAAUAUUUGAAAAAGAAAAAGAAAAUUCUUGAAGAAGGUUGUGCAGCCGAAAAAGAGAAAUUUAUCUCCAUGGGUCGUUCUUUUUUUCGUGAAUUGCUUGAUGAUAACUCAAAUGAAGAUGAGAUAAUUAUAAAACUUCUCAUGGGUUCGACAUCACAACGUAAGCAUCGUCAGUAUAUCGACCGUAAUCAUUUGGCAGGCCAUAGAAGGCUUUAUGAUGACUACUUUGCCGAAGAACUUGUAUAUCCUCCCAAAUUAUUUCAAAGGAGAUUUCGAAUGAGACGUUCUCUUUUUCUCCGAAUCCUAUCUAAGGUAAAAGCUCAUGAACUUUGCUUUAUCCAAAAAAGAAAUGCUGCCAAAAAGCUUGGUCUAUCUCCCCUUCAAAAGAUGACCGUUGCACUUAGAAUGCUUGCUUAUGGAGUAGCAGCUAAUUUUAUGGAUGAAUAUAUGAGAAUAGCAGAAACCACUACAAUAACCAGUAUGAAAAAAAUUGUUGCAGCAGUGGUUGCUAUUUUUUUAGAGGAAUACUUGAGGUCACCAAACAAUGAAGACAUCGCUAGAUUGUUAGCCCAUGGCCAAAACCGUGGAUUUCCAGGCAUGUUGGAAAGUAUUGAUUGCAUGCAUUGGAAAUGGAAAAAUUGUCCAACUGCAUGGAAAGGGAUGUAUUGUGGUCAUAUUCGUGAGCCAACUAUUAUUUUGGAAGCAGUGGCUUCAUAUGAUCUUUGGAUAUGGCAUUCAUUUUUUGGGUUACCUGAGUCAAAUAAUGAUAUUAACGUGUUGGAGCGGUCUCAUGUAUUUUCUGAGCUUGCACAAGGACAUGCUCCUGCAGUUAAUUACUCAAUCAAUGGUCAUGAUUACACAAUGGGAUACUAUCUUGCCAAUGGCAUAUAUCCAAAAUGGUCAACAUUUGUGAAGACAAUCCCAUCUCUAUUAGGACCAAAAAGAAAAUUAUUUGCAAAAGCUCAGGAGACAUAUAGGAAGGAUGUAGAGCGUGCAUUUGGAGUGCUUCAAGCACGAUUUGCAAUUGUACGUGGACUUGCACGAUUUUUCUAUCAUGAAACACUACAAGACAUUAUGAAAGCAUGCAUAAUUCUUCAUAACAUGAUUAUUGAAGAUGAGCGAGAUGAAGCUAAAGCAGUGGACUUAGAUUAUGAACAAAUUGAUGAGAUUUCAUGUACACCAAUGUCACAUGAGCCGACUUACGGAGUUCAUUCAAGUUCAUCAAUGCAUUAG